GUAUUUGGCCAAUUGGAGUUUGAUAAUGAGGAACUGAUGGUGUCGAUAAAGGAUAAUUCCGGGAGCAGACUGAAGAAAGCCAUACACGUGUUCUUCACCUUCAUACUCCCCACCAUCUUUACCAGUGUCUGUUACGUCCACAUGUACAUUAAGGUGCGCCAUUCAAGAGAGGCGAGGCUGGGCCGACGUCGAUGCAAGAGUGUUACUGAGAUUGCUGAAGACAAUGUCCUUCGCCAGUGGGACGAUCAUGUCACCCGCACCAUCUUCGUCAUCUUUGUCGUGCUGUUAUCCUGUAGUUUGCCGCACAUAAUCAUCCACAUCUAUCACCUCCACAACAAGUUUCCUAGCGUCUGGGUCCUCCUUCACUUAAUCUUCUGGCUCCAGUUCUGCGUCGACCCCAUAGUGUAUGUGACCAUGAGCCAACAGUACCGCAACGCCACCCUUCAAUUCCUCUCUAACUUCUGUUCUUAUUUCGCCGUCUUUCAGGUCUCUGACUCGGAGGUGAAAUCUGAACCCAAAAGUGAUCUGAACAAUGAUCACGCCUUGCAGAUUCAGGCGACCUCUAAGAGGGCCAUGACACCUCUCCCGAAAGUUAAAUUCUCAACUGAAUUACAUGUAUAAAG